AAAAGGAAUUUUUGCAAUCAAUACUUUGGUAAAAAUGGAGUUUUUUAGAGAACUUAGAGAGCUUCGGGGUAACCAGGGGAGGGAAGAGGAAGAGGAGAGUAGCACAAGCUCAAGCGCAGGUGGGCACUCUGACAACCACCAUUCUACAGCCUCUAAAGGCUCAUCUUCAAAGAGGACGCCCAGUGAGGUAGGAGAUGGGAGGGAAGAUGCUAACAGCCCUUCCAUGGUGCCCGUGGAGGCAAAUGUACCUAUGUUUGCAGAGUGGGAGAGUAAAACCAUUGGUGGCAGGUUCGGCAAUAUCUGCAAAGCACCAAAAGAUUUGCCCGCUGGAUUUAGGUUUAAGGCGGCACUUCACCAUGAUGUAGCAGAUAAUGCCGCCUCUAUCAGAGGAUACAAAAAAUUGGAGGAGAUGGUGAGGCAAUAUCAAAUCCCCAAAACAAUUUUGAUACGAACUAGCAUGAAGAAUGAAAGGGCAUGCUCAGUGUUUAGGACUAGAUGGGUGCUAGUAGUACGAGCUGGUCCUAACGCAGCUGACCCCCAACAGCAUAAAGUUUGUUAUAGGAUUUAUGUUGUUGUAUGCGAGGUUGGAGAUACCCGUAAAGGCGAUAGUCUUCAAGUUGCUGUUCCAGUGUUAUUAUGCCUUUCCACUAGCGGGACAAGGUGGUACUACGUCUCCGGGAAGGAGAAGAUGAUGCUUUUUAUGAACGUAAGGAAUAAAGUAGUGAGGUGGAAGAGACAGUUCAUUUUUGUUCGUGACACGCGAACAAAGAAGAUGAAUAACAAGCUCACUGCCCGUAUUUUUGAGUGGCAUGUUCCAAACACGCAUGUGAACUAUCCCCAACUGACUCCUCGCGAUGUCGACCUAAAAAAUCAACUGCUAGAUUAUGUUAGGGUUGAGGGAUUAGUGGAUUUAAAGGCCCUGGUUACCCCCAAGCAGCUCGUUGUGUUUGGGUUUGUUGACAUGCAAAACCACUAUACUGAAGAAAAAAUGAGUAAUGUAUUAGAGAGGCAACGUCAACGAGCUCAAAGCUCGCAAGGUCGUGGGGCGGGGUCCAGCUCGCAAAGAGAGCUAAAGUGGCACCUUGUAGCUCACAAAGGCGAGCUUGUGACGAUUCAGAUGUUGAGGAUGACGUGCCGCUUAUUCAGUGUAGAACAAGCUCAAGCACUUAGCCCACCCCAACUGCUGCAGCUCACCCGCUUAGCAUGCCCUCAUUUUCUGCAUGCGAUGUUGUCGAGCUAUUGGCCACAUUUGCAACUUUUUGUUCCCCCGGCAGAUCAACAACGUGUAAAAGCGCAUAUUCAACAACAUGAGGGCCAUGUUGCUAUGUUGAAGUUGAUGGACGCGUUCAGCUACAUGGUUGCACUUUUUGAGUGCGAACAGGGGGCACACAGGCAAACUCGUGAGCUCAAUGACAGUUGCAAACAAUUGACUUCUGAAAAGGCAAGCCUGGUGGACGAGGUCAACUACUUGCAAAGCUCCAAGAUGGCCAAUCGAGCUGCAUCAGCUAAAAGCCGAGCUAACGAGUUGGCUAACAAUGUAAAUGAGCUGAAGGAGGAGCUGCAGAAGGUUCAAGUAGAAAAGGAAAGUAGGAUUCACACAACGAAGGAUGAGGCCAGCCGUGUUGAGGAGCAUGCAAAAAAGGCAGAAGCUGAUAGGGAUAAGGCUUUGAACGAGUUAAACUCCCUACAACAAAAGGUGACCGAAGCCAACCAAAACAUUGCUCACGCUGAAGAGGGGUUGAGAAAAGCUAGAAGUUCUCACCAACACUCCAUAAGCAUCGCCCGAGCUCGAAGAGCAGAGUGGUAUGUUGGCUCGGACAUGUUCCCAAAUGUCGUGGCCAUAGUGUCUCUAAACACUACCAUGGAGAUCUACAACGAGAUCCAUGGGAAGCUGAACGAAAAGGAAGUGCUGGUGUGGCCUCCUUCAGUCUUAGAGGAAGGAGAGGAUCCGGAGGGUCUACCUAGGUUUGACUCAUGGGUAGAUGGGCCACCCGAGGUGGAAGCUGAACCUUCCAACACUCCUCCCUCUUCUCAACUCGUCACCAAGCCAACUCGCACUUCUAAAGCUCACUUCUCUCUUGCUCAUGCUGAUGCAUCUAUUCCUAUCGAUCUGACGGAUGAUUAGCCUUAGGUUUGUGUCUUUGUUUUGUAAUUUUUUUGUGUAUUGAUCAAACGACCUCUUUGAAAACUUAAUCAUCACCUGAAUGUACUUGAACAUAUACAUUUUUUUUGUAAAGAAUUACCAUUUGGGAGAUAUUUUAUGAAACUUCAUAUUUAUUGAAUUUGUGUACAAUUUACAUAUUCUGAAUAUGUUGCAAGAUAAUAUACACACUAACUAUAA